AUAAUAUUAGUGCCCAAGAGCAAACUGUGGCAGUACUUAAAAAGACUAUUGAAUCACAAAACUUGAUGAAAUCUCGAGUCUUGGAAUUGAAUGCUUCAGAUGAACGUGGGAUACAAGUUAUUAGGGACAAAGUGAAAAAUUUUGCACGUACAGCAGUUAGUAAUCAAGCUGGUGAUUAUCCGUGUCCACCUUACAAAAUUGUAAUUCUAGAUGAAGCUGAUUUGUUGACGCAAGAUGCACAGUCAGCUUUGCGGCGCGUAAUAGAAACUUAUUCCAAAGUUACGCCUUCUCGUUGUGCAAAAUUCAGAUUCAAACCUUUAGACACUUCAAGCACAAUAUCAAGACUCAAGAUGAUUUGUGAACAAGAAGCUGUCAAUUAUAGUUCACAGACAUUGGAAGAAUUAGCAACGUUAUCUGAAGGUGACCUAAGAAAGGCUAUAAUGCAUCUUCAAAGUGCGGCUAAACUUCACAAGAAGGAAAUGAUUACAGCAGAAUCAAUACGAGAAAUUGCGGGGGUUGUUCCGGACGACGUAAUUAAUGAUCUGAUUGAAAGUGCAAAAAGUAAAAAAAACGAAAUACAACUUGAAGAGGAAGUUGCAAAAGCCAUUGAUUCCGGAUUUUCAGCUAUUCAAAUAUUAUCUCAGAUUCAAGAUCGAAUUUUGGCUGACUAUCAAUUUAAUGAAGCGCAAAAGGCUAGAAUUGGCGAAUCUAUAGGUCAAUUUGAUAAAUAUUUAUCGGAUGGAACUGAUGAACACUUA